GCUGCUGCUGCUGGUGGUGAUGGUGAUGAUGAUGAUGAUGGCGGUGCUGUCCAUGAUGAUGAUGAUGUGGGCAGCGAUCGGCGUCGGGCCGCGGGCCUCCGGCAGCCUGUGAGGCGGGCGGGACACCGGCCGCGGGAAGAAGGAGCUCCAGCCGCUGGGCGAGGCGAGGCGAGGCGAGGCCGUGGACCGGCGUUGUGUGUGUGUGCAGGCAGCCAUGAUCCGCUGGAUACGGGAGCAACUGGGAUUUGACCCGCCACAUCAGAGUCCCACAAGGACAAUUUAUGUUUCCAAUCAGUUCCCUGAGCACAGUCCUUUUGUUCGCCAGAAGUUUCCAGACAAUCGGAUAAUAUCGUCCAAGUACACGCUAUGGAAUUUUAUCCCAAAAAAUUUAUUUGAACAAUUCCGAAGAAUAGCCAACUUCUACUUUCUUGUAAUUUUUCUUGUACAAUUGAUGAUAGAUACUCCGACUAGUCCUUUCACAAGUGGGCUGCCAUUAUUUUUUGUAAUUACCGUAACAGCAAUUAAACAGAUUUGAAACUGAAAAUGACCAAUGACAAUAUGUGCAUUCUGUGGUGCCAUUUCCUCUGUAAUAUGGCUCAGUUACAGUAUUUACCUCACUGAAGUUGACUCCGACAGCCCUGUAUCUGUUGCCAUGACAGCAGGAUGUGAUCUGGACUAUAUUAUUCUUUACCACAUGUAUUUGUUAAUCCCAAUAUAAUUUGUUAAAGAUUAUAUUGAAUAAUACAAUGGAGUGCCGUUUAAUUUCAGGUUACUUUACUGGACACUAGGUGAAAUAUGCAAACCACAAUGCAUGUGAUUUUUUAUCAUUUGAAAUAUUGUAUAUAAAUACAAAAAUGCAUGCCCACUUUAAACCCCUUUAAAAUGUUAAAAUAUCAAAUUUUGGACAUUAAUGAAUUUUGUUGUAUGCUUUUUGAAAGUCCAUUUAAACCGAGCUCACUGUGUUUGAGUUUUUAAUUUACUUACUUAUUCAAACAUUUUAUUUUGUCAAUUUUAAGAUUAGUUGAGGUGGUACAAGUGCAUGCACAAUGUGCCUUUUUUUUAAAUUAACGAUUAACUCCUAACGCACAACACAGUUUGCUUUCAUUUUUAUUUCCUACCUGAUUCCUAGCUUAUAAUUGUUCCAUUUUAUACCAUCUGUUCAGUUUACAAUUCUUUCAUUGUAAGUAGAAAGAUGACUCCCACAGCAUGUAAGUAUUUGGAGGAAUACUGAGAUUUUGCAUGUAUUUUUUCUCAGUUUAUACUCUUUAAUUGCCUUAACCUUCUUCUAGUGCUGCUAGCUGGUAUGGGUAUUGUGCAUGUACUUAUUUAAGGAAUAUUAUUUAAUGGUUUUAAUCAAUAGUUUAAUUUGAAAAUUAUACAGCCUUUCACAACAAACUUUAUUCAUUCCGAGGAUGCAUUUAUGCUAAAGCAGCUGGAUUGGUAAACCAAACCUGCAUCGAUUUAACUUCCAAAAUCUACUACAAAACUUGAAGUUUGAUCUACAUGGAACAACACAGCAUAAAAUGCAACAGAUUAUUGAUUUGGAUUUGUACAAGAGUUGGCAGAGAUCCUGAUUCCAAAUUUGGUCAAAAACAUUAAUGGUGCAAUGCUUGUAACAAAGAUUAAAGCAUUUUCAGCUUGGCCUAUUGUGAUUAAGUACCUUAAUCAUGCAAACACUUUGAAUAGCAUUUCUAAACAUAAAUGCAGUGUGAAAAAAUACAGUUUUGUUUUAUUUACAAUUUGGUCUAAAUACUGUAAUUUAGGAGGAUCGCGAGUUAAUCUCUCUUUUGGAUAUGCGGAUUGUAUGGGAUUUGAGAAGAAAUAUCAAUUUUAACUUAAAAAGUGAAAUUUUUGAACUGAAUUAUAAAUCUUUGAUAACUUUUCAUCUAGAAUUCCUGCAAUAUUUCAGAGAUUAAUGUAUAAAUACUUAUCUCCUUCCCAUUAAAAAAAAAAGUUAGCUACCGAUAAACCCUGACCAUUGUCAUAUUUUAAAAGUUCCAACAUGAAUAAUAACAAGGAAAAGUUGAAAUUGUGCCUGGACUUAAAUCAUUGUACAUAACAAUGUACAACAUUCAACAGAAUAUUGAUAAUAUGUUUUUGAGCUUUUAAAUCCUAGUCUUCAACGUUUUCUGCUAAAAUAAGCAUAAUUUGAUGGUACAAAAUAGUUUUAUUAAUUAUUG